AUGGCCAUCCCAUUGCCGAACGAGGUCUCUUCGAUUCUAAACAUCCUUCUCUUGUGGUCUUCUGACUCACUGCAACAUAACAAGGAGCGAAUUUGCUCCCGAGUGCCAAAACAGAGCCGACCUGGAGAUCAGCAAGUCGCGCUGCUUGUUGAUAACAGAGCCAACCGGACAGAAAACACGGAAAUCUGGCAGCAUUUCUCAGUCUUGCAGGAUCAAGUUAUGCACUCUCUCAUCAGAAGCAGACUCUUUGAGCCAUGUGGCAUGCCCAUUGUUCUCGCUCUGUCUGUGGAGAGCAUCCUACCUGUUUUGGAGCGAUACAUGAGAGAAUUUGAUGUCCAGCAAGAGAAGCAGCUGCAGAAAACAUCCGACCUGACAACACUCGUUGCUCAUGCAACUACUACGGCACCAAUGCCGCCCCUCUCGGGACACGAUGCGAACAUCUUGACCAGCCACUUUCCCUCCCUUCGCCUUUUGGAGGAAGCCACAAGGACCAGCAGCGGGAGGAAUAGUCUAGCAGAACUUCUCGGAUCAGCCGUUGCGAGUAAUAUGGUUGACUUUUGGGAGGACGAAUGGAUCGCAUGA